UAUAAUAGUGUUAAAUAUUAGUUACAUAAUUUUUAUGUAAUUUCUUCUAUCAUUUCUUAUCGUCUCAUCACUCACAUUAGGAUAUAUACAAUAUCUGAAUGUGAUAUUGCCAAAAACGGUGCAAUACUUUAUAACACGAACAAAUUUCUGUCGUCGACGCUAUACGUGUCUUAUCUUUCGGCUCUUCUCGGCUCUGAGAAACUCGCCAGGUGGCACUUAUUCAAUUCAUCGUCACGGUCUCGCUGCCCUUUAGGUAGAAAGACAAUCGCUAAAAGGGGUCAGUCUGAAAAAGUCGUCAGCUAGUCUCACAGGCGCAGUUGCUGGCCAAAAAGUGGAAAUUUCUUCUUAAAGGAACAACGUUGAAGAACAAAUAUAUCAGGAAUAUUUUUAGGUGUUUGAGUUAAAUAUUUAACAUGUUAUUACCAACCACUUUUUGCCUUUUGGCAUUAGCUGCAUGGGCAAACGGAGAAUGUUUGGACACGCUUGCUAAUUGUCAGCUGCUUCAAGACAAAUACUGUAGCGCCCCCUAUGACGUUCUUGCAAGUCAGGUGUGCCCAAAACGUUGUGGACUAUGUGACGACGACAAUACAUCUAUCCACAAACGUUCUCACAAUAACGGACCAGACUGGGCUGACCACUGUUGGGAUCACAAUGAAAAUCAUGUCCGAGACCCAUUCUGUGACCUCCUUACAACUACAACAACACCAAAACCAACUACAUCAACAACGACAACAACUGAGCCAACAACAACAACAACAACUGAGGCCACAACCACUACAACUGAACCAACUACAACAACAACAACAACCGAACCUACGACAACAACAACAGAGCCAACUACAACAACCACAAUGCCUUCAACAACAAUAACUGAUAUAACAACAACGACAGCACUUCCACCGACAACCACCCAGAGACUGUGUCAUUACGAGGAGUACAACGAAACAGACAUCAAGAGUACAGAUUUUGGUACAGAUAUCGCGCUCGUACAGAACACCAACAUCACAUUAAACGAGUCUGUACAUCUGAUUGGUGACGUCGACUUCUGCCAGGGUGUAUGUGCCCAGUCAUUGCUCAACGACGGUUAUGAAUGCUGGGCUUUCACAUACAAUGAGUUUGACAGAUGUUAUUUGUAUUAUUACAAACAACCACUCCAGUUCGUGGCACAAGAAUUCACCAAUGAUACAACACUUUUCUUAAAGAGAUGUACAGAUGAUCCAAUAACAACAAAACGUCCAGCCACCACAGCGGAACCAGUAGCCACUACAAAUGCUCCACCAGCCACGACAAACGCUCCACCAGCCACUACUGGCGCCAUGGCGGGAAGUACUAAUGCGCCCAUUGUUGUCAAUACAACUGAAAUAGUUAACACCACCCAGAUUAUCUACGGAACCUCAAUCAUCAGUAUCAUCAACGGAACUGUACAGGGUACCACUGGUCAACCACCCAUGAUGACAACUGGUGGAAUGAUAACCGAUGCCCCAACUGGUCCCCCACCAUUGAAGACAACAACGGCAUCAAGCGGUACAGGUCAGGUUGGACCAGACUUGAGCAAGAGUCCCGGUGGUAUUAUCACUGUCAGCUCGAACAGUUACAAAAUAAGUGGUCAGAAAUCUCCUGUCCCAAACACGUGUUAUUUCAAAAACCAGACAUUCAACAAGGGUGAGCACUGGAAAGACACGUGCCAAUUUGAUUGUGAAUGUUUUGACACAGACAGUAACACCGCUCUGUGCACUGAUGUCUGCCCUCACUAUACCAGCAUUCCCCCAGCAUGUACCAUCGUAACUGAGCCUGGUCAGUGCUGUCCACAGGUUGAUUGCGGAAACAACACCGAGAUUAUUAACUCCACAAAUGUUGACCAGGGCAGCGGCAGUCUAAGUGAUUGUCGUGACAUGCUUGACACUUGUGACUACUACGAGGACUCGGCCUGCACAGGUUUGUACGAGCCCUGGGCACGUGCUCAUUGUGCACUUAGGUGUGGAUACUGCGAUUACAGUCCACCAUGUUACGAUAGACUCACAUAUUGUAGUUUGUACGAGUUAGACACUGCAUGCGGUGACUACAGAGGCUGGGCACGAUACAACUGCAAGCGAUCAUGCUCCAUGUGCACGUAACUCUCGUGCGUCGUCAUCAUCCGCGCACGUGCUGUGUAUCUGAACAUACGUCUGUUUAUGUUUAUUUCAGUUGUCAUUUUCAUCUACUAGAAAGUAUCGGCUUUGUAAUAUUACUGAAUGAAAGUUGCUUUAGAUAUUAGUAUGUGUUAAAACUAUUGUGUAAAUAAAUGUGUUGUGUGGAAAAUGGUUUUACCUUUAAA